AUGUCAAAGCAGAGGCCAAACCUAUAUUAUACAGAGCUAGACCUGUUCAUUUUGCUCUCAAAGAUAGGGUUGAGAAGGAAAUUGAAACCUAGUGAGAGACGAGUUUUAGUUAAAGUGUAUUAUAGUGAAUAUGCUACGCCGGUGGUUCCAGUUUUAAUAACCAAUGGAAAAAUUAGACUUUGCGGAGACUACAAAUUAACACUGAAUAAUAAUUUGAUAGUUGAUGAACAUUCUUUAUCUACAUCUGAAGAAUUGUUCAAUGGUUUGGCCGAAGGAGAUAAGUUUACCAAAAUUGACCUACGGAAUGCUUACCUAAAUUGGAAGGUUAGAGAUGAGGAUCAGCAUUUACUUACAUUUAACACCCACAAAGGGCACUACAACUCUACACGUCUAAUGUUUGAUCUCAACGGUCCUCCUGCUAAAUGGCAAAGAAAAAUUGAAAAUAUAUUGAAAGGCAUACCAGGAGUAUACUAUUUAUAA